UGGGCAUGGCUGGCGAAGAUGGCAUGGGUGGUGGUGUCUACACGGACUGGGCGCCUGCGGGGCCUAAGGUCACCCCUGCCAGGUGGGCUGCUGGGCCCCGUGUGGCGCUUUCUGGGCGUGCCCUAUGCUGCCCCGCCCUCGGGCACACUACGGUUCCAGCCUCCUGAGCCACCAGCGCCCUGGCCUGGGGUGCGCGACGCCACGCGCCCAGCCCCUGCCUGCCCUCAGGACCCCGACCCUCGUGCGCUGCCCCGCGACAUGCUGCCCGUGUGGCUGUUGGCUAACCCGGACACGCUAAGGUCAUAUGUGCAAGACCAGAGUGAGGACUGCCUCUACCUCAACGUCUACAUGCCUGCGGGGGAUGGAGCGAAAUCUAAGAAAAUUGCAGACAACAUCACGAGUAACGAGUAUGGUGACAACGAAGACAUCCACGGCCAGGACGGUAAGAAGCCCGUAAUGGUCUACAUCCAUGGUGGUUCCUAUAUGGAAGGCACUGGAAACAUGUUUGACGGCAGCGUCCUGGCGAGCUAUGGCAAUGUCAUUGUCAUCACGCUCAACUACCGCCUGGGCGUGUUAGGCUUCCUGAGCACGGGCGACCAGGCUGCCAAGGGCAACUACGGGCUCCUGGACCAGAUUCAGGCACUGCGCUGGGUGGAAGAGAAUGUGGGUGCCUUCGGUGGGGACAAUAAGCGUGUCACUGUGUUCGGCUCCGGCGCUGGCGCCUCGUGUGUCAGCCUGCUCACGCUAUCUCACUACUCCGAGGGCCUGUUCCAGAAAGCAAUCAUCCAGAGCGGCACGGCGCUGUCCAGCUGGGCUGUGAACUACCAGCCAGCUCGGUUCGCAAGGGCGCUGGCAGAACGUGUGGGCUGCAGGGCUGAGGAUUCGGCGGGGCUGGUGGCAUGCCUGCGUGGGCGGGGCUGGCGCGAGCUAUCACGGCAGCGGAUACUGCCCCCCGCGUAUCACGUGGCCUUUGGGCCCGUGAUCGAUGGCGAUGUGAUCCCCGACGACCCUCAGGUACUCAUGGAGCAGGGUGAGUUCCUCAACUAUGAUGUCAUGCUGGGGGUCAACCAGGCUGAGGGCCUGGCCUUCGUGGACGGCCUGGCGGGCAAGGGGGGCGGGGUGUCUGUGGCUGCCUUUGAUGGGGCAGUGUCAGGCUUCGUGGAAGCGCUGUAUGGCAGCCCCGAGUGGGAAGAGGGGAAGGGCGGGGCUGGAGAUGGGCGUGGCGGGCGUGACGCGCUGCGUGAGACAGUGAAGUUCAUGUACACGGACUGGGCAGCACCUGAGAAUGCAGAAACGCGUAGGCGCACGCUAGUGGCGCUAUUCACAGACCACCAGUGGGCGGCGCCUGCUGUGGCCACAGCAGACCUACAUGCACGCUAUGGCUCCACCACCUACUUCUAUGCCUUCGGGCACCGCUGCCCACCUGGCCACUCCCAAGCCAACCAUGCCCAAGCGCCGGGACCUGCCCAAGACCCCAGACCGGCCUGGGCUGACGCUGCUGCGCAUGGAGACGAGGUGCCUUAUGUGUUCGGGGCCCCCAUGCUUGGCUCCACCCAAGCUCACACUGGCCCUUCUGGCCAUGCCCUCGAUGCGCUCUUUGGGUGCAACUUCACCCGGAACGAUGUCAUGCUCAGCGCCGUCGUAAUGACAUACUGGACCAACUUUGCCAAGACCGGUGACCCGAACCGCCCAGUGCCCCAGGACACCACGUUUGCGCACACUCGGCCCAACCGUUUUGAGGCGGUGUCCUGGGCCAAGUACGAAAGGCUAGGACAGCUGUACCUGCACAUCGGACUCCGCCCGCGCGUGCGCGACCACUAUCGAGCUGCGAAGGUGGCCUUCUGGCUGGAGCUGGUGCCACGCCUUCAUGGCCUACGCAACCUGCUCCGCCCUGGUGACACGCCCCCUCCAAUGUCAGGAAACAGUGGCUUUGGGGCAGGAAAGAGCACCACACCGGGGCCGGGGACGGGAAACAGAGGCUCCUGGGCAGGAAACAGCGGGAUCGGGGCAGGAAACAGUGAAUUUGGAACCCGAAAACUAAACAUCGUCCCCAGAACCGGAAGUGGCGGGAACAACGCCGGCGGGACCGGAAGCAGGAACCCCGGGGCCAGAGGCAGAAGCAGGAAGGCAGGGCCGGGGUCAGAUGCAGCAGCUGUGCUGAUCGAGACAAGGCGCGACUACUCGAUGGAGCUGAGCGUGACGAUCGCAGUGGGCGCCGCCCUGCUCCUCCUCAACGUCCUGGCAUUCGCCGCGCUCUACUACAAGAGGGACAAGCACCGGCACCAGACUCACAGGCGCCAUGCCCACCACGCCCAUGUCCACGGGCACCGCCUAGCCCAGCAGCAGCGAAGUGAUGGGGAUGUGGUGGCCGGGCGCGAUUGCGUCAUCGGAAACAGCAUGGCAGACUCUGGCCCCGCCCCACCCGACUAUGCGCUCACGCUGCGCAGGGCCCCUGACGACCUGCAGCUGAUGGGCAGGACCUCAGGGGUUGCCUCUGCAAUGGCGUCCUCACCUGGUGCCACCAUUGCUGUCAUUCCUGACCCGCCCAUGGUGCAGCCACAGGCGGCGGCCACACCCCAGAUGGUCGGGAAGAACGCCUUCGGGGCCAGCGGGCACUCGACCACGCGAGUAUAGCGCCAGGGGACCGGGCGGAAACUUUAUUAUUAUUGUUGGUGGUGUUGAACUGGACGACAGGGAGUGCAGAGUCAGAGAUGCACACAGCUCUGCCAUCCACAAAGGACAGGGUCUCUGUUGGUCCUGCCAGGAUCGCACAGGCUUGUAUGAAGGAUGCUAGACUCGCAUGUAGGCCAGGAGGUGGCGCAGAGACUUUUAUUAUGAAUUCGAUUAUUAUUAUUAUUAAUAAAUAAUGGACGAGUGAGCUGCAUACUCGGAGGGAGGGGGGCAGGCCGGAGGGUCCACCCACCUAGCUGGUUUACAA